AGCCACAGUAGGACAGAACCAUAUACCAUUUUGAUCUGGGUGCAUUUCUUCAGAAGGAAGACUGAAGAUCUUAAUAGCAAACCCUCCAAGGUCAAAAUGAAUACAGAUAGCGGUGGGUGUGCUCGCAAACGUGCUGCCAUGUCUGUCACAUUAACUGCUGUGAAGAGAGUUCAGAGUUCUCCAAACCUAUUGACUGCAGGACGUGAUUCUCAGUCUCCAGAUUCAGCCUGGAGAUCUUAUGAUGAGCAAACUCGAGAAACACUGAAUGGAGAUGCUACUCAUUCAUCUCUUGCAGCAAAAGGUUUUAGGAGUGUUCGUCCGAAUCUACAAGACAAAAAAUCACCAAUUCAGGUGCCCCUUCCACCUCCUAGAAAAGAGAGUUUUGUUAGCCCUUCAAUAACUGCUCCCAAAGAGGGUCGUGUUUUAGACCCAUCAAUAACCAAGAAGCAAAUCCCCUCAAAGACAGUUUACUUUACUAACGAGGACGCUAUCCAGAGGGCUAUGUGUUCCAACAAGGAAAGCAGCCACACCAUUAUGUAUUCUGAGGAAUCUAACACAACUGUGACCUAUACACAAAAAAUCACUAAUCCACUGAGCCCAGUUUCCAGCACAGGCUCCCAACAACCAGCAGCUGACAACAGGACCCUAGUCCAAGAGGACUACACACAGGAUUCUCAGCUACGGAGAAUUUCUACCCUAACAUUAACCCCUAACCAAGACCGACCAAAUAGCAUUCCUCUGUGGUCCCAGCCCAUUGAAGCACUGGGAUUUUCCCAAAGGCCUUUCUCACCCACCCAUAACCGUGCACCUGAGGUACACACAGCAUCUCUCUCCAUUCAGAUAGCUCCCCCCCAUGACCAUAAAGCAGGACAGGAGCUGGAAAGCCACAAACGAGGACCUGGGCUUUCUCCAGACACUGCCAAGGCGCCUCUUCAGGAACGGGGACCCCAUUCUUCACUUGCUGCUUCUGAACAGUCCCCAGGGAGCCAUGUGCUUGGAAAACAGAAACUAGCUGCCAGUGUGAUGGAGGCAAAUGCUCCCCAGAUCCACAGACAAACAGCAGCAGCAGAAGCCUCUCCACUGCGCCCAAUCUCUGUGGCUCAGAUAACAGUGAAUGGGCGCUCAGGCGGGGCUACCAGUCCAAUGAGUUACUUUCAGAGACCAUUCUCCCCGUCAGCCUACUCUCUACCAGCUUCACUCAAUUCAAGCAUUAUCAUGCAGCAUGGAAGGACAAUUGAGUCCACAGACACAUAUUCCCAGCAUGCCCAUUCUCUGGAUGGUAGCUCUGCAAGCAGUACAAUACCCAUCUAUAGAUCUUCAGAGGAAGAGAAGAAAGUGACAGUGAUUAAAGCCCCCCACUAUGCAGGCAUUGGGCCAGUAGAUGAGUCUGGAAUCCCUACAGCAAUUAGAACGACAGUUGACAGACCCAAGGACUGGUACAAGACUAUGUUCAAGCAAAUCCAUAUGGUUCACAAACCUGAUGAUGACACAGACAUGUAUCACACUCCGUAUACAUAUAAUGCAGGCCUUCCUAGCGCUCCCUACACGACUCAGUCCCAUCCUGCUGCAAAGAUGCAGACAUACAGACCUCUUUCCAAAAGUCUCUCUGACAGUGGCGGUGAAGCCUUUAAGGAUUCCUCUUCCCCUUUGCCUCCUCCACAUAUCCCACCUCCAGUUCCACCGCUUAGGCCCAGAGACAGGUCUUCCACAGAAAAGCAUGACUGGGAUCCACCAGACAGAAAAGUGGACACACGAAAAUUUCGGUCUGAACCAAGGAGUAUUUUUGAAUAUGAACCUGGGAAGUCAUCAAUUCUUCAGCAUGAGAGACCGACUGAUCGCAUAAAUCCAGAUGACAUAGAUUUAGAAAAUGAACCCUGGUAUAAAUUCUUUUCAGAACUGGAGUUUGGACGCCCGCCUCCUAAAAAGGCUCUGGAUUAUGGUCAGGACCAUCCUCCUGGUGUUUCCAAAGAGGCCUCUUUGUAUCAGACCUCCUUAGACAGAAGCCUGGAAAGGCCCACUAGCUCUGCAAGUAUAGCUGGUGACUACAGAAAAAGGAGGAAGAGUGAGCCUGCAGUGGGACAUCCCCGAAGUGUGGGUGAUCAGAAUGCAAACAGAGCCAGCCCAACCCAAGCAGAUCUCCCAGGUCCAAGCACGACCCUUACAAAAUCUUUCACUGGCUCUUCUCCUUCUUCCCCAUCAAGAGCAAAAGGUGGGGAUAUUAGCAAAGCAUGUCCAUCCCUUUACAAUUAUUCAGGGCACAGCCACCACACCUCAAGUGAGUUAGAUUACUGCAGUCCAUACAGGCAGCAUUUGGAUGUGCCAAAUGAUUCAAAGCGCACCAUCAACUUCAAGAAUGGUUGGCAGAUGACACGGCAGAAUGCCGAGAUCUGGAGCAGCACAGAAGAAACCGUUUCACCUAAACUGAAAUCCCGUAGCUGUGACGAUCUUCUAAAUGAGGACCAUGAUAGUUUCCCUGACCCGCAGACAAAGUCAGAAAGUCUGGGCUCUCUGUUAUGUGAGGAGGACUCCAAAGACAGCUGCCCACUGACAUGGGUCUCCCCCUACAUCCCUGAAAACCGCACAAAUGGCAGGUCGAGAAUCUGGCAUAAGUCAGCACAUAAUGCCCCUGGGUUCUUGAAAAUGUACAAGAAAAUGCAUCGCAUUAACCGCAAAGAGUUGAUGAAGUCAGAGGUGAUUUGUUCUGUGAAGUCCAGGAUAUUACAGUAUGAAAAGGAACAACACAAGGGUAUGCUGCGUGGGUGGAGCCAGUCCUCAACCGAGGAGGUGCCCAGGGACAUGGUGCCCACACGCAUUUCUGAAUUUGAGAAGCUAAUUCAAAAGUCAAAGUCCAUGCCGAAUCUGGGGGAUGAAAUGCUGUCUGCUGUCACCUUAGAACUGCCUCAGAAUGGAUUGUGUCCAAAGCGACGAUUUUCUAUUGAGUCUUUAUUGGAGGAAGAGAACCAAGGGAGACAUGUCAAUCAGGUUAAUGCACGAAGCUAUAAGCCUAAAACCCUGGUGCCAAUUCACAUUGAAGUGACCAGUGAUGAACCACCACGAUCUCAUAUGGACUUCUCAGACAGUGACCAAGAUGGAAUGGUCUCUGACGUCAGUGACUUUGUUCAUGUAGAAGGCUCAUCCUUCUGCAGUGAGAGUGACUUUGAUCAUUUCUCCUUUACAUCCUCGGAGAGUUUCUAUGGCUCCAACCAUCACCAUCAUCACCACCACCACCAUCACCACCACCACCGGCACCUCAUCAGUUCCUGCAAGGGAAGAUGCCCUGCCUCUUACACACGAUUUACCACCAUGUUGAAACAUGAAAGGGCUAAGCAGGAGAAUGCUGAAGACUCUAGGCGACGGGAAAUAGACUCUGGCCUUUCUAAGUUAGCCUUCCUAGUAAGCCCGGUGCCUUUCCGGAGGAAAAAAAGUGCUGCUCCCAAAAAACAGACUGAAAAGACAAAAUCCAAAUCAUCUGUGUUUGAUGCUCUGGACUCUGCCCUUAAGGAUAUAUGUGAUCAAAUUAAAGCUGAAAAGAGAAGGGGAAGUUUGCCUGACAACAGCAUAUUACACAGACUUAUCAAUGAGCUGCUUCCAGACAUUCCUGAAAGGAAUUCAUCACUUAAGGCCCUGAGAAAGAGCCCCAUGCAUCAGCCUUUUCCUCCCCUGCCUCAAGAUGGUGCUGCCCAUUAUCUACCCUACCAGAAUGAUUGUGGACGAUUACCUCCUAGUGCCUCUUUUCAAGACAUGGAUACAACUAACAACAACCAUCAGGACAAUGAUAGUGCCCUGUGUUUCCAAGACCAAGAGUCUCCUAGAAGUUAUUCAUCAGCUUUCACUGACUUGGGUCGAAGUGCUCCCAGGGAAAGAAGAGGAACUCCGGAAAGAGAGAGGCUGCCAGCCAGAGCUGUUUAUGAUUUUAAGGCCCAGACAUCUAAGGAAUUGUCAUUUAAGAAAGGGGACACUGUCUACAUCCUCAGGAAAAUUGAUCAAAAUUGGUAUGAGGGAGAGCACCAUGGACGAGUAGGGAUAUUUCCAAUCUCUUAUGUAGAGAAACUCAGCCCUCCAGAAAAAGCUCAACCUGCAAGACCACCACCCCCAGCUCAGCUUGGAGAAAUUGGAGAAGCUAUAGCCAAAUACAAUUUUAAUGCAGAUACAAAUGUGGAGUUAUCCCUGAGAAAGGGAGAUAGAGUCAUUCUUCUUAAAAGAGUUGAUCAAAAUUGGUAUGAAGGUAAAAUACCAGGAACCAACAGACAAGGCAUCUUCCCUGUUUCCUAUGUAGAAGUCAUCAAAAAGAAUAUCACAAAAAGUGCUGAUGAUUAUCCUGACCCUCCAAUACCCCACAGCUAUUCUAGUGACAGGAUACACAGCUUAAGUUCAAAUAAGUUGGCUCACAGUGCAUCCUGCCCUCCUUUCAUGUCACCUUGCCCACAUUCUAAUAAAGGGGCUAGAGAAGGAAUCACCAAUGAAUGGUUAUCACUGACUAUGGGGUUUCUACCUUCAAGCCCUCUGACCCCAACUCCACCUCCUUUUCCUGACAACUUCUUGGAUGAAUUAGAAAAGCUUGAGGCUUUAACCUUAUCAACUGGUCAAUCUGAUUCAGAAAUCCUAGGAAAUAGCAGUGCUCAAGUUAAGGCUAACCCUUCUGUUAUCAAGACACGAGAUCCCACUGAAAUGCCAUCCCCUCUGCCACUUGUUUCUUCUGGUACCGUCUCACCUCUAGCCUCUCAGUUCCAUGAUGCAGUGAUAAUUCAGGAGUAUAAAAAACCAGCUGAAAAAAUAUGUGCAGAUUGGAAAGAAAUGAAAGGUUCUCCUGCUAACAAAGAAAAAAGAAACUUUUCAAAUAUUGGAAAGGUACCUGAACUCCUGGGUGAUAAGGUUGCUACUUCUGUCCAGUAUAAUGUGGGUACCUUGUCCCAAACCCUCCCUGUCAUUGAAGAAAAAGAAGAGGACCCUUGUGAUGAAUUAAUGUCAAUCAUCCACGGAAGGAAGCCAAAAUUUCAAGAGUCAGAUUUCUUUCAGUAUGAAGCUGAUGUUACAGAGGAAGCACCAAGGCUAUACAUAGAGGAGGAAGAUGAGGAGAUGAAACACGAUUGCUUAACAUCUCCAGUGGCAAUUAUAAAUGACCCUAGGAUAUUUAAGGAAGACUGGAGUGCAGCCAGUACCAAUAAAGAGCCAGCAUCAUUUUCUCCAGAAGAUGAAGGGAUUACAACUUCCCCUCGCCGCCUUUCCACUAGCCCUCCAUUUCAUUCUACCUUGGCACCCAUCUCUGACUCUCUCUCUACAAUCCCUGGUUCUGCCCAGACCCAUUCACCUCCUCUCCUUACCAAAUUUUCCUACCGACAGGAGACAAUGUCACCCAAGUUAAAGGCUGAUUUAAAAAGAGAAAUAUUUGUAAUGGCUAAGCCUCCUCGUAGCCCAGUGAUGUCUAGGAGAUCCUGCAGCCCACCUGUCAGAGGUCACAGCAAUUCACACAGGCCACAGCGCCCCGGGUUUACUCAUGAAAACAUGCAAGGUGGGGGGGAACCGAAUGAAGAUGAAUUGGAGCUCAGGGAGAGCGAUGUCAUUGAUGUGAUGGAGAAGUGUGAUGAUGGAUGGUUUGUGGGAACCUCAAGAAGAACCAAAUUCUUUGGUACUUUCCCCGGAAACUAUGUCAAGAGGCUGUGAAUUCUUUUAUGUACUUAUUUAUGCCGCAUUUCAGCAACAUAUCCACAUAAAAUUCCUUGGAAAACAUGCUCCCCUAGGCCUUCUGUUUUCAUGCUUCACAAACAGAAGGCUCUAAGCAUCAUCAUCACCAUCUCCAUCCUUGCAGUACAGUUUUUACAGCCACCAUGACACCUUUAGGAGAAGGGGCUGGAGGGUUUUGCUGUAAACUGUACUUGUUCUUGUCACCUGCUUUAAACGUUUACAAUUGGAAACACAAAAACAGAACCUGGAGCUGUAUUGUUCUUAGAAACAAAAUGGAUGAAAUCUGGGAGACCAAAAGAGAAGCAUCCCAUAGAGAAAGGCUUUUCUGGUCCUCUAAUCAAAGGCUCUAGGAGAUAAGCUUCUUAGGCCCUCCCCCUGAGGCAGCUGAAGAUAGCAUUUCCUUAAGACAAGCUGAUGUUUGCAUUUCCACUUCUUUAGUUUGGCAGGAUACAUUACUUUCACUUUGCUGCAUCACAAGUUUGCCUGUUGUUCUAGCUGAUAAUGUAUUUUAACUCUAAUCCAGUGAUUGUUUGCCUGCAUUUACUGGUUAUAACACGCGCAGCGAUUGUAAAAUCUCCAGCAAGAGUAGGAACCUUCACCUGGACAAGUAUGAUUUCACUAUCGAAUCUGAGUUUUCCAAUAGGAGUGUUUUCCUGCAGGGUUGGGGAAUUCGGCUUUUUGUUGGUUUGGGUUUUCUUUUUUUAACUUUUUAAAAGCAUAAAUGGUAAGAAAAUUUACAACUCCAGUAAUAACCAUGAAAAAAGAAGAGGUGAAAGAUGGACAGCAAAAAUAAAGUUGCAUUCUAAAGAUGCAUUGCUAUUUUAUAUUUAAAAAUGUAAUAAUCAACAACAUGAACUAUGAGAUGUUAGUGUUUUAUUUAUCAGAUAAAUUUUAAAUAAAAGCAGUGUUAGUGCAAGGAUUCAUUUGAACAUAGACCCUUGAACAAGAUGCUUGAGAAGGCAUCUUCAAGAGUUAUGUACUGGUUUUAUUUUUAUUAUACUGCAUAUGUGUGUGCACAUAUACAUGCAUGAUUGUAUAUGAACAUACAAUAUAUAUGCAUAUGUUGCACAUUUAUGGAAAUGUUAGACUCCCAAGGCACGCGUUAUUUUACAAAAAUGAACAUAUAUAUAUAUAUAAUAUAUACAUAUAUAUAUAUUAUAUAUAUAUAUAUAUAUAUAUACAUAUAGCACUUCAGAAACAUCAGAAGUAUUAAUCCUGGUUUUUGCUUUGCUUUUUUUUUCCUUUGAUGAACAAAAGCAAUUAUUUGAAUGCACCACUUAUUUUAUUUCUGCAAAAGUUCAAGUCCAAAUAGUGUCUGUAUUAGAAGACAGGAGUAUGUUAAGCCUGAGUCUCCCAGUGUGUGUAUUUGUGUAAAUUCUUUCCCAAGCAUAAAUUGGGUACCUUGGGAGUCCCAAGUCUUGGAAUUUAUCAGGAUGGGGUCCUGGAAAGAAGACUGGCAUUGGGGUCAGACCUAGGUUUGAGUCUUGGCUCAAUGAAGGGUUUGUUCCAGAUCAUCUAAAUUCUAGUUCCAAAGUAUGGUGAGCCUAAGACCGCACUAAAUGGUAAUUAACUGGUAACCAGAACCCACAAGAACAAAUAACAGUGAAUUAUGCCUCUGUCACACUUACUCAGAGACCUGGCUUAAGAGUUCUUAUGACUUUACACAAGAGCUGUUCAUAUUUGGAUUCUUCAGCACCUUAUAAAUGACAGGCUUUUAAUGGCUUUUCACCUGUGGUCAGUGGUUGAUUUUUUUUUCCCCCACAACGGACGUAGCCUUUAGAAUAUUGUACAUAUGUUGGCCUCUCUUUUGUACAGAACCAUUUAGUUGUUGAGUAACAAAUGGAAAAAAAAAGUUCCUUUUCAGUCGUCAUCCCAUACUUAUACUAACUGAAGAAAAAUUUUUCAACAUGUUUUCCUGGCUCACAGAUCAUGAUGCAUACUUUGAGAGUGCAAUUCUUUGGCAUUUAUGCAAAAUUUUAUAAAUUUUUAAAAAUGGUCUUAGCAGCCAAAUUGAAAUGUAUGUAUAUAUCUUUAUUACAGAGAAAUGUCAUUAGUCUAAAGGUAAACACCUUUUUGCAGCCUACCCUUCUUAAUGCUGCAGUCAUGACAAGAUUUCUAUCGCAAAGGUUUUGGGGCUCACAGCUAGGUCAGCCGCAUGCAGCUUUGCUGAGGGAUGACUAUAACUACCUUUGAUGCCAUUUAUGAUAAAAGACUUCAAUAUCUGUUGCCUGUAAUAUUUAAGAAAAAUGCUGUUUCUACUCUGUAUUUGAUUUUAAAAAAGAAGGGGGGAAAUAAUUUUUUUUCAUACCUGGCUUUCAGGUAAUUGAAUUCUUACAAGCAAAGGUCUGUGUUUUUUUCUUGAAUAGACUUCUAAUAAAUUUUGCUUGGAGUACACUUUAGCUUUUCUUCCUGGUAUUUAAUGCUAUGUUAUCUGAAGAACUGUGUAUUUGUAUCCUAUUUGAUCACAUAAACUAAAGGAAAAUGUG